ACUCCACAUCUGACUCUUGCGCUGAUUGGACGCCUGCAUUGCAACACCGUUACACACUCGAGGAUCGCAAACUCCUGUGUCCAAGUCGCAAAGACAUCAAGUCUCCCUCUUGCGCCUCACUUUCUCCCAUCGCUCCUCCCUCGCUUCUCUCCACGCUCUUCUAGAAGCUCAAGAGCCUCAGACGCCCCGCUCCGAUCCUCCUCCUCGGAUCUUGCAUCUCGUGUGACGACGCUGCCCGCAAACUGCUGUUCACGCUGUCCGAGUGCUUCCUCGUUGCCUUGACAGGUACCAUCUGCGGAGCCACCUCCAUCUUAGGGAUCGCUUCUCCAGUGUCACCAUUUUUUAUAUCUCAUUUAAGUGGUCUUCGCCCUUCUUUAGCUAGUACGGGCCGUCGUUUUUGCUUUUUAAUAAUCUGACCCAUAUUGCCGGAGACGGACCAACUUCCGCCAUGGAUAUCAAUGCCUUGCUGUCGCCAUCAGAAUCGCCUGUCAAACAGGCUGCGAGCCCGUCGAGCUCUACCACGUCUACUGGUAGACCAAGGCCACAGGCGCGUCCCGCCGGUGGCAGACGGACUGCAUCAGGGCUCAGCAAUGAAAUUUCCAUGACCUCGCCGCCGCCUGAGCCACCACGCUCGGCGCCUACAUUGGGACAGGAAUCCAUCGAUCAAGCUCAGAGAGCAUAUGUUUCUACCUACAAUGGCGCACACGAGAUGAGAACGCCGAGAAGUAAUCUUGAAACUCCUCUAUCCGACAUGAGGAGUCCGUUCGGGACGCCGCAGGCCCAUCGACCACAGCUUCAGUACGUCUCCCGUCGGCACUCUUCAACGCCGCAGAUGGAGACUUUGGCAGAUCUAGCCUCUAUACAACACCAUCAAUUACAGAGACAGCACUCACUGGUUGAAACACAUCUGCCAGCAAUCAACCGCCGUACAAGUUUUGCGCCUCCUCUCACGCGAUCUGCUCUUUCCUCUACUCAAGUCGCCAUGGCCGAGGCUCCUGCACAAACACCUGAGCCGCGCGCAUUCACAGCAGCUUCGCUGACCGAACAGGAAAUCGAAACCAUCACAGAGUUGGUCAAGUACUUGGCUGAAAACUCGUAUGCCUAUGACUCCCAUGUACAACUGAUCAACCUCCUCCACAAAGGCUUCGUCGCCCACGUCUAUGGUGCUUCAGAUGUCGUCGUCAAUAAUCCGAGAGACUACAACCUACUUCCUGACAUGCGACAAGCUCGCGAAGCCAUGGACUCCCGUUUCGCUGUUGGAGAGGAUAUUUGGCAAGACUGGAUCAACGAUGAAGCUCUCUUGGCUCGCAAGAGCGAGGAGCGCGUUGCUGUCAUGGAUCUGUGCCAAAAAGCCGUCCAAGAUGAGCCGACCAGUGUGAAGCUUUGGUAUCUUUAUGGCGAGUGGGUCAUGCAGACGUACUCCAUCGCCAAUGGCUUCACCGAGGGAGAUCCCAAUGUCUGGACCGACAUCGACAAGGAAAUCUGCAAGGAGGUCUUCAGCCGCGAAAUCUGCCUGGAGGUGUGGGAGAGAGCUGUACAAGCAACGACGUGGCGCAUUGAUGAGAGUCAUCUUGUGUGGAAUCGAUACAUCGACCUCGUGCUGCAGGAGUACCCGGAGAACCCGUCUCCUCAGGCCGUCCAACAUCUCAACAACAUCUUCAUCAGGCGCUUGGAACAACCUCACUCAGCCUGGUCCGAGACCUCUGCCAAAUUCUGGCCCAUUGUCUCCAAAUUUAACGCCAGCAACUGGGAGGAGAUCAUGGCAGCAACCAACGAGAUGGCUGGCCCUGGCAAGCAUGAGUACGCUAUGCGAGAGACACAUGAACUGAACCUUCGACGAGCUGCCGACUCUGGUGACACUGCUGCUCUUUACAAUGCUUUUACAGAGUAUCUCACUUGGGACAGGAAGAACAAGCGUCGAUCUAAGUGUCAUUUCGAGCUGCGAUGUUCGUUGUAUGAGAGGGCACUACUCCGCUUCCCCACGGUGGUCGAAUGGUGGCUCGACCUUGCCGACUUCGUUCUGGAAAAUAGACGCGACCAUACCAUCUUGUCCAUACUGGAGAGGGCUACCAGACACUGCCCGUGGUCUGGCGAUCUUUGGUCGAGACGCGUUCUGCGCGCCGAGGUAGACAAGCUCCCCUAUGACGAAGUCGAACAGGUCAAGCACAAGGCCACCAAUAGUGGCCUUCUGAGUAUCGGCGGAAUGGAAGAGGUUCUCAAAGUAUAUUCUUCCUGGUGUGGUUACCUUCGUCGCAGAGCAUUUGCGCCGGACAAUACCGAUGACGAGAUUGAUAUGGCCGACAUGGGUAUUACUGGUACUCUUGAAGACGCAACCGUCGCUGGCAAGAAGAUCUAUGGCAACGACUACAAGGGUGAUCCUCUCUUCCGUCUCGAGAAGAUUCGUGUCAAGUUCCUUCUGGAGGCUCGACGUUAUCAAGACGCCAGGAGUGUGUAUGAGCGUUUGGUUCCUACACAUUCAGCAAGUGCCGAUUUCUGGCUUGCCUGUUAUCAGUUUGAGCUCCUGGUAUGGGCACACGAGCGCAUGUCUGAGACCGUUCGUAUUGAGACGCCUGAAACAGCACCCCGCAGAGCAACUGGCGUGCUACGUGAUGCUCUGAGCCAAAGAGACCUUGACUGGCCCGAAAAGAUCCUCGAAGUAUGGCUGAAUCAUUUCCAUCAGCACGAGACCCCCGAAGAAUUGCAAUUGGCUCAAGCAGAAGCCCGUACAGCACAGUUCUUCCUUGCUCAGAGACGCGCAAGAGAAGCCGCCGAUGUCGCCGCGUCCACUGCCACUGCCACUGCCACUGCCACUGCCACUGAAGCACAGCCUCAGUCGACCGAACUCCAUACUAUUCCCGAGGAAUCAACGACGACAACUAAGAGAAAACGUGAGAACGAAUCGGAACAAGAGGUCGAAGACGCUGUCAAGAGGAACAAGACAGAAGAACAAGACUCGACCAAACCACCGUACAACGAGGUUUCUGCUUCGGCUUCUGCUCAGGCUAAGCGUGACAGAGAGCAUACAACGGUCACCGUCAAGGAUCUGCCUCGUGAUGUUUCAGAGGAGCGUAUCCGACAGUUCUUCAGCGAUUGUGGCACGAUACUCUCUGUCGGCAUAGUGGCCGAAGAGAACUCCAUGACUGCGCACGCCACUAUCGAAUUCGAGACUGAGGAGGAUGUGCUUUCUGCUAAGACCAGAGACGGAAAAUACUUUGACGGCAACACCAUUCGUAUACAGUCAGGAACUCUUUCGACUUUGUACGUAUGCAACUACCCUGCCGACUGGGACGAAGUCAAGAUACGCGAGAUAUUCCACGAUUUCGGCACAGUUGUCAGCGUUCGCUUGCCUUCGCUCAAAUAUAACCAACGACGCCGCUUCUGUUACGUCCAGUUUCUUACGGCCGAAGAAGCUCGUGCUGCCACUGUGAUGGACAACAAGGCCAUUGAUGGUCAGCACCGCCUCGUUGCUAAGAUUUCGGAUCCCGGUGCCAAGAAAGAGCGUUCUGGCGCUGUCACUGAGGGCCGUGAGCUACAUGUCGCCAAUAUUGACAACAAUGCUACCGAAUCAGACAUCCGCAAUCUCUUCCAAGAGCAUGGAGUCGUCGAGAACGUUCGCAUGAUAAGAGGUGUUAGGGGUAACUUUAUCGGCACCGCAUUCGUCAUCUUCUCAAAGACCGAGGAGGCCGAAGCCGCGCUGGUACUGAAUAACAAGCCUUUGUUGACCCGCCUUCUUCGUGUCACCGUUGCGACAGACAAGAGUUCGGCGAAGAAGGAUGCCGCGACCAAAGUUGUCCAACCGACUACAAGUGGAUCUCCUGCACCCGAAGGUAGCCAAAACGGCUCCACUGGAGCUGCCAACGGACGUAGAGGAUCUGCCGCUCCUGUCGAAGAGCUUGGAGCAGAGACUGCAAAGACGAUACGUGAACGCACCGUGGCUCUUCUCAACUUGCCCGACACAGUCAACGACGCUCGCAUCCAAUCGUUCCUCGAAACAUUCGGUCCUCUUCGCAAGAUAACCGUCCGUCGUGACAAAUCAGGUGCCAUGAUCGAGUUUGUCAACCUCCAGGAUGCCGGUAAAGUUGGCAUGGGCGUCGACUGCAGCACUCUUGGUCCAGAGGUACGCAUCGGCACCGUCGAAGACCUUCUCUACGGAAAGAAAGCCAAGCCUGCCUUCGCUCAGAACCCCAAACCUGCCACGUCGCUCCGCCCAGCCCAAGCAGGUAUUUCCAGACCUGCGCAAAAGAGCGGUCAAGGUAGACGUGGUGGCCUAGGCUUCAAGAGAGGAGGAUUCAGCUCCAACUCGGGCUCUGCGAGAUCGCCCGAAGGAGAAGACAAGACCAUGACCGGUACCGGCGAGACAAAGGCAAAAAGCAACGAUGACUUUAGAGCAUUGUUCAACAAAGCCAAGCAAGCCGACACUGCUUCCGAAGAGAAGAAGGAGGAAGCAUAGAAUACCAAUAUUCAAAAACAAAGGACAAAAAGGGCUGAAAUCUGGAAAGUAGAGAGGAGAAUAAUGGCUGGUGUACUUUUUAAGGCGGGCCUUGACUUUCCAAACGGACGUCUCUGCAGAAUUUGUAUCUUUAAUACUUUGAAAAACAAUAAACUUUUCUGCUUAAAAACUAAAUGCUG